CUAUCUGCUGCUGCAAAGCUCGCAUUCGCGACUUGUGGUCGGCGCGCGAAACCUGUACCCAACUUCUUAUCUGUGAAUCGCGAAGCUGAAGAUCGCAGUUUAGCUUUAGCCACGCAUGGCUCUGCGCAAUGGAGACGUUAAGCAGCCGGACAUAGCCGGAGAAGCCAAGAAUGGCUCGUGCCACGACGAAGACGCGGUGGUCAUCCUGGACGCCGGGGCUCAGUACGGGAAGGUGAUCGACCGGCGCGUGAGAGAGCUGCUCGUGCGGUCCGAGGUGCUGCCGCUGGAGACGCCAGCGUUCACCAUCAAGGAGCAGGGUUUCCGGGCUAUCAUCAUCUCUGGGGGGCCGAGCUCGGUGUAUGCAGAGGACGCUCCAUGGUUCGACCCCGCCAUUUUCACCAUGGGGGUGCCAGUGCUGGGGAUCUGCUAUGGAAUGCAGAUGAUGAAUAAAGUUUUUGGAGGAACUGUUCAUAGGAAGAGUGUAAGAGAAGAUGGGGUAUUCAAUAUUGGCCUGGACACGUCCUGUUCCCUUUUCAGGGGUCUCCAGAAGGAGGAGCGGGUGCUGCUUACACAUGGUGACAGCGUGGACAAGGUGGCCGAUGGGUUCAAGGUGGUGGCCCAGUCUGGGAGCAUCAUAGCAGGCAUCGCCCAUGAGCAGAAGAAGCUGUACGGAACACAGUUCCACCCGGAGGUGGACCUGACCGAGCGGGGAAUGGACAUGCUGCGGAACUUCCUGUUCGACAUCGCUGGCUGCGCCGGCAGCUUCACCGUCCAGAACCGGCAGCAGGCCUGCAUCCGCGACAUCCAGGAGAGGGUGGGCAAGUCCAAAGUCCUGGUGCUGCUUAGCGGUGGGGUGGACUCCACUGUGUGCACGGCCCUGCUGAACAAGGCCCUGUCCCCAGAACACGUCAUCGCCGUCCACAUCGACAACGGCUUCAUGAGGAAGAGGGAGAGCCAGAGCGUGGAGGAGGCCCUGACCAAGCUGGGCAUCAAAGUCAAGGUCGUGAACGCGGCGCACACGUUCUAUAAUGGAACGACGACCCUGCCCAUCUCUGAGGAGGACAAGACCCCCAGGAAACGCAUCAGCAAAACGCUGAACACGACGACCAAUCCCGAGGAGAAGAGGAAGAUCAUCGGAGACACUUUUGUCAAGGUGGCCAACGAGGUGAUGGACGAGAUGGACCUGAAGCCAGAGGAUGUGUACCUGGCUCAGGGCACGCUGAGGCCGGAUCUGAUCGAGAGUGCCUCGCUCAUGGCCAGCGGCAAGGCCGAGGUCAUCAAGACGCACCACAAUGAUACAGAGCUCAUCCGCCGGCUGCGCGACCAAGGUAGAGUAAUUGAGCCGCUGAAAGACUUCCACAAGGAUGAGGUUCGGGCGCUGGGGCGAGAGCUGGGGCUCCCUGAGGAGAUCGUCUCUAGACACCCUUUUCCAGGUCCAGGCCUCGCCAUCCGGGUCAUAUGUGCCGACCAGCCAUACAUCUGCAAAGACUUUGCCGAGACCAACAACAUUCUGAAAAUCAUUGCAGACUUCUCAGCCAGCGUCAGAAAGCCCCAGGCUCUGCUGCAGAAGGUGAAGUCAUGCGUGUCUGAGGAGGAGCAGGAGAUGCUCAUCAACAUCACCAGCCUUCAUUCACUCUCCGCCUUCCUGCUGCCAAUCAAAACCGUGGGGGUGCAGGGUGACUGUCGGUCCUACAGCUACGUGUGCGGGUUGUCCAGCCAGGAGGCCCCCCACUGGGAGUCUCUGAUGUUCCUGGCCAGACUCAUCCCCCGCAUGUGCCACACCAUUAACAGAGUGGUGUACGUAUUUGGACCUCAGGUAAAGGAACCUCCCACCGACAUCACGCCCACCUUCCUGACCACGGGCGUACUGAGCACGCUCAGACAGGCAGAUUUCGUAGCCCACUCUGUAUUGCAGGAAUCAGGUUACUCUGGUAAGAUCAGCCAGAUGCCAGUCAUCCUGACCCCUCUGCACUUUGACCGGGACUCCCUGCAGAAACAGCCUUCCUGCCAGCGGUCAGUGGUCAUUCGGACCUUCAUCACCAGCGACUUCAUGACCGGCAUUCCCGCCACACCUGGCAACCACAUCCCUGAAGAGGUGGUGAUGAAGAUGGUGACUGAGAUCAGGAAGGUUCCUGGGAUAUCGCGGGUGAUGUUUGACUUGACGUCAAAGCCCCCAGGGACCACGGAGUGGGAGUAGCAACCCCCUACCCCGUCCCCCACCAUCUCUAAUGCCUAAUGUUGGCAGGUAGGGUUGUGACCCACACAACUCAGACCUGCAGCUGCUUCUUUCACUCAUCUUUGUUUUCUUGGUGGGGGUUGAAUUUUUUUUUUUUUUCUUCAAUUUUUUUUUUUUUUUGCCAUUUUGUGAACAUGCAUCUGGGAUGUUUGGCUACUGCUACAUCCUCUGUGAGGUCAGAUAUGAACUCGUUGCAUCCACAUGGAGAAGCGCAUACAGCGACCUACAAACAGACAAAAGGACUCAAAGUGCCAGUGCUUUCUGCCUUGUGCAUACUUACCCUGAUUUUAUUCUUCUUUCUCAGUGAGCUGUCAGCAUUCAUCCUAGCUUCAGGACCUUGUCAUGAAACAGUUUUAAAGGUAAAGGCUGUUGCAGCUGUAAAUGAACAGAUGUGAGCCAGUUGUGAUUUUAAUACUUUUUGCCAACUGCUCACAUUGGAAAUUGAUGUUACUUCUGGUCUUAAUGACCUCCAGGUCUUGGAUCUCACGCAUUCCCAGAAAGGUGCUGUUUACAUUAGGCCAGGGGUUGCAGUUAUCAGAAAAUGUAAGUUUUACUUUAACUUGUGGCUGUAGAGGACAUUCCAAAGUGCACGGUUUGGGAGUUGUGAACGAAAAAUUCCAGAUUUUGUGCUCAGAAUGGAAUUUCCCCCGUAGUUUGUGCACAAAAUGGGGCAUAUCCUGGAGCUUGUGCCCUGUGAGAGUGGAUACAGUGCCGGUGUUUUUCCACUUUCCAGUAACUGAUUUUGUGAUAUAAAAAUGGCAGCGUGGUGGUGAAAGUGCUUUCAGUGUAUAUCCAAACUCAAAUCAUCCCUACCCAUGGAAUCCGUGGGGUAAGCUGAGCUACAUUUCACACAUUCUCUCCAACCAGCUUUCCGCCCUUGCUUUGCAGUGUUCUGUACUGGAGGGGAGAGUA